CGGUAUUGGGGUGAUGGGGGAAUUGAGGAGCGGUGCCCCCCGGGGGGUGUCCGGUCGCUGGCAACCCGGGGUUUGGCCGCUGCCGGGGCUGAGCUGCCCGCGGCACCUGCUCCCGGGGAGCGGCGCGGAGAAACCUGCCCCGCUUGCAGCACCGCGGUGCUUGCACUUGCUCACUGAGUCAGGAGCCGGCAGGUUUCGCUUGUCGUGGGAAGGAGGAAAAAAAAAAAAAAAAAGAAUGGGGAGAAAGUGGGGGAAGCGGUCAGCAGGACCUGAAUUGCAGAUCCAUCCAGAUUUGGCCCCUAGGCACUCUCUUUCCUUACCGCCUUGUUUUUCUUGUAGCUAAAUGACAAGGGCAUGCAAAGCCAGAAUGGCAGGGUGUGGAAACGGCGUGGCGGAGCGCCGGGCUCCUACCUGACAGCAGAGCAACUUGCAAAAGCUCCCCCGAGCAUCUUUGAUCUGCUCCCAUGCUGAGUGCCGAAGCUGGCCAGGUGCAGCGUGCUCGGCUGCAGCCUGCCAAGCUGUGCAAGGCUGGAGGGCACAGACGUGAACUCGAGCUCACCCUUGUUUUGCCUGGAAUAGGCAAGCUGCCUGGGCUAGCACAGGACAGGCACGGGGGCACUGUAGUUCUCUGUGUGUUUUUCAGGGUUAAGGCUGUGUGUGAGAGGUUCAAGUCUAUGGGGGGUAAAAGGAUGCCAUGAGGCAGGGGUGGUAGUUCUCAGCUGGAGGAGUGCUGGCUGGGCAUUGUCUUGGUUUGGUCUUGCCUUUUAGUCAUACAGAAGAUUAGGGAAGGGCACCCAGCUAGGUACAGGCAAUUCAAUCACCUCAGCUGACUAGGAAUUAAAGUGUAUGACUCCUUCCUCUCUGUUAGUGCAAUGAGUUCAAGGCUUUUGAGUUCAAGGCUUUCCCUGUUCCUAGACUUCCUUUUUGGACACUGGGGAAGCAAAAAAAAUUAUUAAAUAUCUGGGAAGUCUCAUAAAUACCAGGCUUAAAUGGCAUGGGGAUGGGGUGCAUGCAGGGACCAUCGUUCUGGCACAGGAGAGCCGUUCAUUGCCCACUCCCACUGCAAGCCUCUGCAGUGUUAUGUGGCAAGAGGAACCUCAACCCAUAAAUUGUCUUGCUAAAAUGGCCUUUCAAACUUAAUAUGCAAAUUAUAAAUUAUUACUAUAUUUUAUUUGCCAGCAUUUCUUGCAGUCUUGAACAAGUGUAUUUCCCACAUUGCUCAGAAAAGAGCACCUUUUAAGAGUGCAGCUACUAACAUCAGCUUCAGUUAGCUCUUUCCUAUCCACCCUGUCCGCACCCACCUUUCUUUUUUCUUCCCUGUUUUUUUGGAAAAUGCAGAGGCUUUUGAUAUUACGUCUCCGGUCGGCAGCAGAUUACACAUGUGAAGCAAAGCCAGCUGCUGCAGUGGAAAGGCAAUAAUUGAGAAGAGCAAAUUCUGACCCUCGGAUUGCCAGUCUCUGAGCCAUGUCCCCUCCUUUUGAGGAUACUACCUUGGUUAUUCCAAAUUAACCAUGUGAUUACAGACACUUUACUGAAAAACAGUUUUCCGAUGCAUAAGAAUACAUGCAUGUGUAGAUACAGAGAGGAAGACAGAAAUGCUUUUUAGUCUCAUGAGGGGGUCUCUCCCUCCCUCUUCCAGAAAUGCUGCCCAUUGCCAAGAAGCUACCAAAGCCCCAGAUUGAUGCAUUUCCCUGAAAAAUUUUGAUAAUUAAAGAGAGCAAGAAAACUGAGAAUAUCCCCGGGCAGCCCAAAAUGGAAGAUCCUUCUGGGUCACCUCACUUCUUACUCCAGAGUAUCAGGGUUCCCUCCAGGUCACCAAACAGUGCUUCACUCAGUAAAUGGAUUGGUUUAGUUAAGUCUAAUGCAGUGGCGACCUCACCAGUACUCUGCUCCAGUAUUAAUCUAAAGUCAAGUAGCAGGAGGGUGGCAGACAUAAAUCAGCUUGGAGUAUGAUCUCUAAGGUUACUUAGAGGUUUAUUUGUUUGUUCAUUUUUUUUAGUUUUUAUUGUUGGUUUCAAUGAUUUGCUGCAUUUGAGAUAGGGCCCACAUUGACAGAGAGUGGUAAGAAGUUGCUUGGCAGGGGUAAUGAAACUGGGAUUGUUGAAUAUGCUGUGUUCCCUUUUUCAAUCCAUUCAGUUCAUGUAAGCCUUUGUAUGGAAAGGGAACAAGAUACGGCAGAGCUAUCCUUUAAUGCAGGUUGAUUUCCUAGGGAAGGUUUCAAUGAAUUAGAAAUCAACUUUAUUAACUGUGCAAUAGAUCUCUGCUUCCCAGUUAGAUUGUGACCCAUUUUCCUUGGGAAGUGGGAAAACUUCAAGAUUUUGAAUUUAAUGUUUGGGUUUAUGAGGGUACAGAGAAGGCACUGAUACAGUGUACUUCCCGUUCCCUUUAUGAAGGACAACAUUUGAGUCCUGCAAGAUAUUAGGCAAUUGCUAGAAGAAGGGCUAGAAGAAGGUGGAUUCCAUACGAGCAUUCAGUACAAAAAAUAUCUGUGCAUCCUGAGCUUCUCAGGUUUAUUUUUAUUCUGCUGUAAUGUCCCAUUUUCCUUUUACCUGCAUGAGGCUCUCUGAAAUGUAGGGUAUUCUCUCUUCUAAAAAUGUCUAUGAUUUCCUGGCAUGAAACAUUGCAGUGGUCCCUUCUGACCUUUUUUUUAAAAAAGUGCAUGUUAUAUAUAACUACAGUCUAUUAUAAAUUUGCUACUCUAUUGCUCACACUGGAGCUGAACUCCUCCUUUAGAAGGCACGAACCAGUGACCUAGCUAAUUUGUAUAAACUCUAUUUAUCACAGCAGGUGCAGAAAUACAGCAGAUCUCAGCCAAAAAUACUUCCUACCAAGUCAACCUUUCUCAGCUUGCUAAGUUCUCCUAACCAAAAUUUAGAGACUUUUUAAGGAAUAUUUCUGAAGUCUUAAAGCCCGUAGACGAUAUAUCAUCAUAACCACACUGAAAUUAUGAUUAGAUUUCAUAACAUGCUGACUAUAAAAGUUAAAUCCAUGGUUUUAUCUCUUCUGGUUAUGCAGUAUUUUUUAAUAUAAUUUAUGAAAUGUAGUUUAAGUAGCUAGGCAGUAUUGUUUAGGCACUUUAAUACAGAUUAAUACAAUUUCUUAUCUUUUCACCUCCCCUCUUAAUGCACAGAUGGCUUUUUAAUAUAUAAUGAGAUCAAUAGUUUAUGCACCUAGAGAUCUAUGGCUUCAGUAGUAUACAGUGCUAUUUGACUUGUUAUAAUUUUCUCUAUAACACUAAAGUAGGCAAUUGCAUAUUGUUAAUUAAUAGAAACUAAGUUUAAACAUUUCAUUGGCAGAUGUUUCUUAAAACUUUCUUAAAAUGUGAUUUGACAACAGUGUGGAGUAAGUGUGGGAAGCAUUUCUUCAUGAAUAGGACAUUAUGAGGGAGUUUAAUAGUUAAAAAUAUUUUUUUUCCUUGGAAAUAUGUUCUGCAUUUUGCUGGUUUAUAAACAAGAUCAGACGGGGGGAAAAAAAUAAAAUUGCGCCUUUUCAAUUCAGGAAAAGCUCUUGACUAAGCUGUAAGUGAUUGCCGUGUGUUUUAUGCUAACUGGAGACAAAAUGUCACUUGAAAGAGCUCAUAUAAACAACUGAAGAAUAUAUAUUAUGGCAGACACCAUCUAUCCUGGGAGGGUAGGAAUAUAUACUGUUCGUAUCAAUGACUUGACAAAUUUCAAGUUCAGUUAAUCUAGUUCAGAUUUUUUUCAAAUGUGACCCUGAAUACAAAUGUUCAGUUCACUGACUCUUCAUCAGUGUAGAAGGUUGUUUGUAGGGUUGGUUAACUUGAUUUUGGAUUUCUUUUUCCUGUUAUAAGAAGCCAGUGUAGUAGAUCUGUGAGUUGUACCUCACAGCUACUUUUAACCAGAAAUGUCAAUCUGACUACUUUUAACUGGUAAUGUUAAUCUGACUAUUGAGUGCCCAAACGUGCACUUCUAGAGUAAAGGAAAAUAAACCCCACAAACUGUACAUGUACAUGACAUGUUCUGUCAUGUCUACAGUGCCAUCAUCCUGUGAAGAGCAAAAUUUCUCCCUCCAGUUUUCAGCUCUGAUCUCCCUCUAGAGACAAAUCUUAGCAACUGACCUGUAGUUCUCGAUUGGGCCAGACUGGGUUUUCGUAGAUGUCUGUGCAAAGAUCCCCCCAGCGAAGGGCUUCAGCUCUGCAAUGAGAGAAAGUGAGAUUACCUGAAACUUAUUGGGGUCUUCCUCACUCCCUGGAGGACCAUAAAAAGGUACAGCUUUUGUUUAGUGAAGAUGAAGACACCUGCAUGUGAAUGCAAAGUUUCCGUUUGAGAAAUACGCAUCCACUCAGCAAAACAAAAACAAAUUUUAAAGGUUGUUCUCGGUGGAAAUCACUCCAUGCCCCAUUACCUGCUUGAGUGAAACCAGACUAAGAACUUCUGUCAUGGCAGCUUUUCUGCUGGGAGCUGUGUUGCUUAUUGUUCAACCUCAGAUAGUGCCUUCCAGACCGGCUAUCAAUUCAAAGGCUGAGACUUCUGCUCAGUCUGUUCAGAGAGAGCUUUUAAAGAAAACAUCUCAAAAAAAUGACUUCAAGGAAAACAUUCAUUCUAAUGGAACAUGCCGGCAGCUGCCACAGACUAUCAUUAUUGGAGUGAGAAAAGGUGGAACAAGAGCUUUGUUAGAGAUGUUGAGUCUUCAUCCAGAUAUUGCAGCAGCAGAAAGUGAAGUUCACUUCUUUGACUGGGAAGAUCAUUACAGAAAUGGAUUGCAGUGGUAUGUUAAUCAAAUGCCGUUCUCUUAUCCGCAUCAGAUCACAGUGGAAAAAACUCCAGCGUAUUUCACAUCACCUAAAGUGCCUGAAAGAGUUUAUAACAUGAACCAAUCUAUGAGACUACUCCUUAUUUUAAGAGACCCAAGUGAGAGAGUACUAUCAGAUUACACCCAAGUGUUCUAUAACCACAUGCAGAAGCACAAGCCGUAUCCAUCCAUUGAACAAUUCCUGAUUAAAGAUGGUGAACUCAAUGUGGACUACAAGGCAAUAAACAGAAGCUUGUACUACAUUCACAUGCAAAACUGGUUGAAGUAUUUUCCCCUUGACCAUAUCCACAUUGUAGAUGGGGAUAAGCUAAUCAAAGAUCCCUUUCCAGAAAUAGAGAAGGUAGAGAGAUUUUUGAAAUUAUCACCACAGAUAAAUGCUUCAAACUUUUAUUUCAAUAAAACUAAAGGCUUCUACUGCCUAAGGGACAGUGGGAGGGAGCGUUGUUUACAUGAGUCAAAAGGACGAGCACAUCCACAAGUAGAUACCUGGUUACUUGAGAAACUGCAUGAGUAUUUCCAUGAACCCAACAAAAAAUUUUUUGAGCUCGUCGACAGAACAUUUGACUGGCACUCAUUUGUUGCAAGUUAGUGGUGAGCUUCAGAACCUAUGUUCCAGUGUACAUCUAGAAAUUUUUAAAAGGGCAUUUACGCUAUAAUUUAUUUGUAAAAAUACGUAAAUACUUCUGUACAGUAUUAGAUUCACAAUUGCCAUAUAUACUAGUUAUAUUUUUCUACUUGUUAAAUUUGAAAGCAUUUUGUAUUGUUUUUCAUGGUUGUUAACAUUGUGUAUGAUGUGUCUAUAUGAAGAAACUAAAUUAUUUCACUACAGAAGAUGCUCUUGAGAAUGUGUUGUCUUUUUAAUAAAUAAGAAGUUCAUUUCAACAAAACCCUUCACAAUUAUUUGAAUACUUCAGUCUUUCUGGACUAUUCUGGACUUUCUCCUCUAAUUGCUAAUGAAUAUGCUUAGCUUUACAUUUCCAUUUUUCUUGCUUUAAAAUGUGGUCUAAUUUCUUUUCUUAUCUGAAAAUAUUGUAAUUUGAAAAUUGUUCCAUCCUGCUUUAUAAAAAUAUUUCCGGAUAAAGUGGUACUUCUUGCACAUGUUGGGACAUGCACAGCCAAAGGAUGAUGGAAGGCUCUGUAUCAUAAAACAUGCUAACAGCUGUACUUACUUUUAUAGUUAAUGCUAUAACAGUUGCUCCUCAAAUUCUUUGGCAGUACCAUGCUAGUUUAAUUGCAGUUUUUUAAAGAUUCUGUGGAGACCAGCUCAUAAAAACACAGAAUUAAGUGCAGAAAAAUAGUCAACCUGAAAAUUUUCUACAGUUGAUGAAUGUACGUAUACCUCAUAAUGAAAGAAAGAGGUUUGAGAGAAGAAUUUAAGCAAUAUGGGGAAAUUUUAAUGGUUGCUUAUGACUGUUCCUGAAUUUUAUAGCACGCUUAUGAUUUCCUAUCACUGAAAAUCAACGCUUACACCAGAAAAAAAUUAGCUGGUCUAUGUUCUAGCAAGCAGCAGCUUCAUUCUUAUAAAUAUUAACACACUUGUACCCUAGUGAAGGCUAUUUUCUAUGAGAUGAGCAGCUGCUUCAUGCAACUGGAAAGUGCUCAUGGACUACUGUUCAAUUAGUCUCCCUCCAGAAAACAUGAAGCCAAGUCCUCAUUCCAGCCUGUGUGUCAUGGAAUUAACCCCAGUCCCAGGAACUUUUAUGGUCUUCCAUCUGCUAAAAAUAGAAGUUAGAUGUUAGUACGUUUGUAAAAUUACAGCUCUCCUUAUCUACACUAGUUCUGCUGUCCUGUUAGCCACCAUUCUCCAGAGUUAGAGUUAAUCUUGUUUCCACACAGUGCUUACUACAAUACUUUCUUUAUGAGCUCCUAAUUCUCCUGUUAUGAUCUAGAGUAUAUCCAUUGAACAUUCAGUGGCAACACCCUGUAUAUUUGAACUUGCUACUGAUUAUUACAGUCCUUUAUAAAAUUUAAAUGUAGAUGCAUUAAAUUUUCCUGGUGAGAUGGUGCAAACUUGGGCACUGUGACAAGGUACUGUCUGGAUGCAAUUAUCCUGUAUUACGCUGCUUGCAUGAAAAUUUGAAGAUGCUGCCCCUCUCCUGCUCCUUGUGCACCUGCCCAAGCUGUAUUCAACCUCAGAGAGGUUGUUGGUGUUGUUUUAUAAAGUAGACCUUUGAUGAAAGCCUAAAAUGAAAUGGUAUUGUACUCAAUAAAAUAUUUUCUGAAUUGCA